CGUUGCGUCGCCGUUUGAUCCGCAGCUGGUGACCAAUCCUCCACGUCGGUAGUAUCUCUGUACGGGCAACACUUGACUUCACCUUCGACCGUGUCAUCUCCUCCUGCUGCCGUCGUCUCUACCUCAGUUAGCCGCUCGCGUUUUAUUUGUUUUUGUUGUGUUUUGUUUUUUGUUUUAUUUUGGAAGUAGCUAACUCUAAUUAUUAGUUAUUUGUCUGUGACAUUUUUGUUUUUUAAACCGUAACGACUGGUCCUUCUUUUUUUUCGGGGAGGGGGAGAAUGUCAGACUUCGACAGCAACCCGUUCGCGGACCCGGAGUUCAGCAACCCGUUCCAGGAUCCAUCAGUGACACAAGUAAGACAGGCCGCUCCUCCGGGGCUGGAGGAGUACAAUCCCUUCACAGAUGCCAAACAAUUGCCUGCGGGGAUGGCGCCCAAGAUUGCGGCACCCAUCAUGAACACACAACCCGCCAUCAUGAAACCCACAGAGGAGCCUCCGGCUUACUCGCAGCCUCAGGACCAGUCGCGAGGAGCUGCCGAGCUGCUGAAGAGACAGGAGGAGCUGGAGAGGAAGGCUGCAGAGCUCGACCGCCGGGAGAGAGAAAUGCAGUCGCUCAAUGCUUCAGGAGGCAGGAAAAACAACUGGCCUCCCCUCCCGGAGAAGUUCCCCGUGGGUCCCUGCUUCUACCACGACAUCACCGUGGACAUCCCCGUAGAUUUUCAGAAGACUGUCAAGAUCAUGUAUUACCUCUGGAUGUUUCAUUCUGGGACGCUGCUCGCGAACAUGGUGGGCUGCAUGGCCUGGUUCUGCGUGGACGCGUCGCGCGGGGUGGACUUCGGCCUGUCCAUCCUCUGGUUGCUGCUCUUCACGCCGUGCUCGUACGUCUGCUGGUACAGACCGAUCUACGGAGCCUUCAGGAGCGACAGCUCGUUCAGGUUCUUCGUCUUCUUCUUCGUGUACAUCUGUCAGUUCGGCAUCUACGUCAUGCAGUGCAUCGGCAUCACUGGUUGGGGCGCUAGCGGGUGGAUAUCGGCGUUGACCGGCCUGAAUAGGAGCAUCCCGGUGGGCAUCAUCAUGAUCCUCAUCGCCGCUCUCUUCACCGCGCUGGCUGUCAUGUCGCUCAUCAUGUUCAAAAAGGUCCACGCGAUGUACCGUACCACCGGCGCCAGCUUCGAGAGGGCCCAGCAGGAGUUCGCCACGGGCGUCAUGUCCAACAAGACGGUCCGGACGGCCGCUGCUACGGCCGCCACCAGGGCCGCGGAGGAAAGCUUCAAGGAGGGAAUCUGAUCGCGAAAUCUCUCCGUCCAACCCUCGCCCUCAUCCCUCCUCCACCCUAUCUCUGCUCGAGCCAGCUGCCCUGUUUGAUCGCACGCAGAACCCCCCCCCCCCCCACAGCCUUCUGACAAUAAAGGGGCGCCACGAUAAGGUCGGCCGUCCAGUCACCCAGGAUUCAAACAGGGCGGCGGCUCCGGUUCUACUUUUACCUGCAACAUUGUGCACUCUCAUCACAGACUCUGAGACCCCGUCCCCGUCCCCGUCCUCACCUACACUGCACUCCUGCUACCACUCAACCAGCGUGCUCACCCUCAUUUCCUGUGUGAGUUUGUGUGUGUGUGUGUGUGUGGUCAGCUAAAUGAAUGUUUGUGUGCCUCUUUAAACAGAUUCUAAUGUAGCCGAGUCAAGUCCGAUUUUCUAAACUUAACUUUGGGCAUUUCCCACCUUUAUCCCCCGUGUGUCUGAGCCUUUUCCUUACAUCCAACUAAUCACUACUUCCUGUUUUUUAAAUUAAUUUAUUCAUCCAGCGCUCACUCGCUGUCGUCGGUUAAUGCACAUGUGCAGCAGCAGCGUUCUCUCUCUCUCUCGACUUAUUUUUGCCGUUUUCCGAGCGCUCGACUCGACGCUGCUGCCCCCCGGUGGAGUGACUUUGUAUCGUUGAAGAUGAAUGCUGUGCAUUCCAGUUCACUGCCUUGCCUUCUACUUUCCGCUUUCCUCUGAAUCCUGACAUUUUGAAAGGGCGUAGUCUUACUUCCUUAAAGCGAUGCGUCACCUGAGAUCUGAUUCGUUGAGUAUCAAACACAGCAAUAUACGAAUAUAUUCACAUUUACUUGAAAAGAGGCGUCAAUACUGCGUCGUGUCGGUCGUUACACCUGACCAAAAUAUCUCGACAGCUCUAAGAUGGAUCGCCAUGAAACUGUAGAAACAUUCAUGAUCCCCAGGUGAUGAAUCCUGCCACCACCAGGUUCAUAUUGGUGUUUUUGUACUCCACAAAUAUCUAAAUUUCACUUUGGUUUAUGACCAAAAGCCUGCGAAACUACUGACAUCCCCAUCAGCCUCAGCCGCACUUUGUGUGUAACUCUAAUUCAUCACGAUGUGAGCGCGUCUGCACGCUGACACAGACCAGCUGGCACUCACCCUCGGUGAAACUCUUCCAGAACUGACGUGUUUGACCAUACUUUAGCAACAAAAGUGCUUUUUUUCACUACAUAACUAACUUGCUGCUUAAACAGCGAGUAACUUGAACGUUGGCUUCGUUGUGGGUUUGCAAACCGCUGAAAGUUGCUGCUGUGCAGUUGACAUGCAGAGAGGACAACAGCAGCAUUUCUUGGCAAACUAGAAAGACUUGAAAGUCUGAUUUAACGUCACCUGACAAACAAAUCCUGUCUGAAAUGACGAGUUAGUGUUGUGUGUGUGUGUGUGUGUGUGUGUGUGAGUGCGAUCCACAUCUCCCGCCUACGAGCAGUGUUUGAUACUCUAAAGAUUUUUCCAGUGAUCUGUCACUUUAAAGUAUUCGUCAGCUUGAAAUCUUUUGCCUAUAACCGUCUGCAUAUCCAUUUGUGAAAUUACGCCAAGUUGCACUUUAAAUCCGGUUAUUAGAUUCUUUGUCUGCACGCCGCGAUCCGUGCAAGCGGAAGGAUGUUUCUAAUAAUGGCUCCCCCCCACGCCUUCCUGCUCAUUAGUGUAGAUACUUCAUUCACACGCGUUAACGUGCACCGAGUUCAGCGUCGACGGUGACGUGUACGUACACCCUGCAUGUUUAUACAAGUUGAUCUGAAGAGGAAAAGUGUAACUCGUCUCCAGCCGGAGACUUACCUCAGAUUCACUCAGGAUGUGCUCUUCACUUGCAUGACGAGGAUAAAUAAAUAUUCUACGAGAUUGUAUGAAAUUAGACACAGAGUCGCCCGUUUUUUUAAAAAUACGUGUGCUGUAAAUCAAAAUAUUGCAAUAAAAAUUAAAAAAAACGACAAAAAACGGCCAGUGACGUUCUGAUAAAUCGCUUGCGUGUUCGUAAUUUGAUAAUUGUGGAUCGACUAUCACUGAAGUUAACAAUCAAACGCGUCCAAUCUGAACCUUUUUAUUUCUACGUGACCUUUUUGUGUCGCUGCAAAGAGGUUUGAAUGUCUGAACACUCUGUCGCGUCUCAUGUUUUAAACCAGUUAAGCCUUUUUUUGUAUGUCCGUGUUCACGUAGGAGUGUAAAUAACAGCAGAGUUCGGCCUUUCUAAGUCUUAAAUCUGUGCGCAGGGCAGAGUCUGGAUGUGUGUCUGGGAUCCUGAAGCUUCCUGCAACAUGCCUUUUUGUUUUCUGGUUUCAGUUCAUGUUGUUUUUCCUGAGUCCAUUUCUGUACAAAGCAACACGAGAUUACACUUUCUUAAAUAACAAAAAAAUCUUCAUAAAUGUGAGAAAGACGUUUUAGACCGCAACGCAAACGUGAACUGUGUGAUGUACUGUACUGUACUGAUGGACUGUGGCUUUAAGCUGUGCUUCAUAAUCAACAUGGUUUGUGGUAGAAACACUGAGAAUGAAACUUUCAUGAGCAUCUCUAACAAAUUUAAUGAAAUUAUUGAGAGAGGAAGAAAAAAAACGUAGUGAUAGUAGUCGUAGUGAGGGAUGUUUGUAUAUUUUGUAUGAUUUUACAGAUGGUCGGCUGUUCAAGCUCAAAAAUUUCGCUGUAAUUUUAAAGAUGCACUCUGGUUUCACUUUAAGUCGCAUGUUGAGUAGUUUUGAGUUUUGUAUAUUUAUUGUAUUAACACUGAAUAAAAUUCUCCUUCUGUA